AUGCCUACCACGUUCACAAAGGAAUGGAAUACGCCUGCGUACAAAGGCAAGACAUCUUUUAGUACCGGUCUCUUCAUCGAUGGCAAGUUUGUCGACGGCUCAAAGGGCACAACGAUCGACGUCAUCAACCCAGCAAACGGCCAACUCAUCACCAAAAUCUCUGAGGGCCUUGAGGAGGAUGUCGACCUUGCUGUCGCGGCAGCUCAGAAAGCGUUUGACACAACUUGGGGAUUGAAUGCUUCAGGACCCAAACGCGGCGAGCUUCUCUGGAAGCUUGCACAACUGAUGGAGACCCACAAGGAAGAAUUGGCAGCGAUCGAGGCGUUGGAUAACGGCAAGACUUUCGACUGGGCUCUGGGAGUUGAUGUAACGUUCUCGAUCAGCGUCAUCAAAUAUUUUGCUGGGUGGUCAGACAAGAUCUCUGGACAAACUCUCGAGACCGACGAGAAGAAGCUCAUAUACACGCGCCAUGAACCUAUUGGUGUCGUCGGACAGAUCAUUCCUUGGAAUUUCCCUCUCCUCAUGCUGGCCUGGAAAAUUGGGCCUGCUCUCGCAACUGGGAAUAGCAUUGUCCUGAAGCCUUCCGAAUUCACUCCCCUGACGGCCAUCCGCAUGGGCGAGCUCAUUCAAGAAGCCGGCUUCCCUCCUGGCUCCGUCAACAUUGUCACCGGCUACGGCCCAACCGUAGGCGCCGCAAUUUCCUCGCACUUGAAGAUUGAGAAAGUCGCAUUCACCGGCAGCACCCUCGUCGGGAGGAAGAUCAUGGAGGCUGCUGCGAAGAGCAAUUUGAAAACGGUUACGCUUGAGCUCGGUGGGAAGAGCCCAAACAUCAUCUUUAAUGACGCAGACCUGGAGCAAGCUGUGAAUUGGACGGCUCAUGGAAUUUUCUGGAAUCAUGGCCAAGCAUGCUGCGCCGGAACUCGGAUUUUCGUGCAGUCGGGAAUCUAUGACGAAUUCCUUAAGAAGUUGACAGCAAAAGCCCAGGCUAUCCGCAUUGGAGAUCCAUUUGGUAAGGACGUUGACCAGGGUCCGCAGGUCUCGCAGAUCCAAUACGACCGCGUCAUGGGGUACAUCGAUUCUGGCAAGGUCGAAGGUGCCAAGGUCCACAUUGGAGGCGACCGCGUAGGCAACGAAGGGUACUUCAUCGCCCCUACCAUCUUCACGGAGACAAAACCCGACAUGAGGAUCGUUAAGGAGGAGAUCUUCGGCCCCGUUGGUGUCGUCAUCAAGUUCGAGGAUGAUGAAGACAUCAUCAAACAAGCCAACGAUACUGUCUACGGUCUCGCUGCUGCUGUAUUCACCCAGAACAUCAACCGCGCCAUUGAGACUGCUCACAAGCUCCAAGCUGGUACCGUCUGGGUCAACUGCAUCAAUCAACUCCACGCAAAUGUGCCCUUCGGUGGAUACAAACAAUCCGGUAUCGGACGUGAGCUUGGGGAGUAUGCUUUGUUGAAUUACACGAAUGUCAAGGCGGUGCACAUAAACCUUGGCCACACUCUGUGAAUCUCAUGCCGCAUUGAACCAGUCUGAAAGAAGUGUAUAUGUACAAUAGUGUAAGAAGUCGUGUAAAUGUGAUCUUGAAUGUAUAUCUC